AGAACACUAGCCUGGUCUAAAGCAAGCAGCUCGGGAUUUCGGCCGAGAUGGGCUCAGAAGCCAGUUGGCGCUGUCCGUGGUGCUGAGGAAUUCCCGGCUGCCGGCAGAAUGAGCUCCAAAUCAGCAGUCUGCAAACUGCUCUCAGUGAUGCAGAAACCCAGCUAAAGUUGCUCCUUUCCUUCACGUCCACAGUUAGUAUUUUCUGGUGUGUAAGAGGGGAUUCAAGCAACAUAUUGUGGAUGAUGCUGAUGUUAUUGCCAGCAGAGCGGGCUUUAAGCUACAGCAUGCUGUUGCUGUUUGUGAUCCACAGAGCCUAGCCAAAUCACCUCUACUGCCGUAGCAAACACUGUGUAAGUGAACUCAUGUGUGGAAGAGGCGUAAUCAGCCGGGAAAUUUCAUAGAAGGAUCUGAGAAAACGCUAAAAAUAAGUUCAACAUGAUUCUGCUACCGGGGUCUGGAUUUCUACAGGACCAGCAUUGCUUCUUGCACUGAAUUUUGAAGACGGGUCCAAAGCAUAUUUCUUAUGUGUGUCUGCUGUAUUUCUCUCUGGAAGGGCGGGAGACUGCUUCUUGACUGUGGUUUGAAAUGGGAGGUAGAGAAAAUGGAUUGCCUUUAAUUCAAGCCUGAAAAUGUAUUCUUUGGAUAAUUAAAGAGGAACUGCUUUCCUAAAACAUUCCUAAUCUUUUAGUUCAUAUUGGUCUAUGACCCCUAUCACCACCAUUAACCUCCAGAGUGAUUAGCCUACCCCUCUUAUAUUCCCAUGGAAGGAGCUGAGUAUAUUUAAUAUUAGGAGCACAUCCAGAAGCCUUUGAGGAGGGGGAUGGCUCUUCAUAUUCAUGAAGCUUGCAUACUUCUGUUGGUCAUCCCUGGAUUGGUCACCUCUGCCGCCAUCAGUCAUGAAGACUACCCUGCUGAUGAAGGUGACCAGACCUCCAGUAAUGACAAUUUGAUCUUUGAUGAUUAUCGAGGGAAAGGGUGUGUGGAUGACAGCGGCUUUGUAUACAAGCUGGGAGAACGAUUUUUCCCAGGGCAUUCCAACUGUCCAUGUGUCUGUGCUCUGGAUGGACCUGUUUGCGACCAGCCAGAAUGCCCUAAAAUUCACCCAAAGUGUACUAAAGUGGAACACAAUGGAUGCUGUCCUGAGUGCAAAGAAGUGAAAAACUUUUGUGAAUAUCAUGGGAAAAAUUACAAAAUCUUGGAGGAAUUUAAGCCCUCUCCAUGUGAAUGGUGUCGCUGUGAGCCCAGCAAUGAAGUUCACUGUGUUGUAGCAGACUGCGCAGUUCCUGAGUGUGUCAACCCAGUCUAUGAACCAGAACAGUGUUGUCCUGUCUGCAAAAAUGGUCCAAACUGCUUUGCAGGAACGACCAUAAUUCCGGCUGGCAUUGAAGUGAAAGUGGAUGAAUGUAACAUCUGUCACUGUCACAACGGGGACUGGUGGAAGCCGGCUCAGUGUUCGAAACGCGAAUGCCAGGGCAAGCAGAUUGUGUAGAGCACACUCCCCACCGAGGACGCGCUCUUAGGAGAGGACGCUAUGGCUUCGCCUCUGCACACGUUUCAGACAAAACGGGACACACAGACAAACUCCUGCCAGCUGCAACAGGGUCACCAGCAAAACCUUUUAGGGUUGACAAAAGUGAAUAUUUUACUAAGAGGAAAUUUUUCUCUUUCUCUCUUGCUAUAUAAAAUAUAUAUAGUAUAUAGCUACCGAAAGCGCUUUUGUAAUUUCCACGCUUGAUGGUGACUUGACGACUGGACUUGUGGAACAGAAACAAAGACACGGCCUUGUCCGGGCCCCUUCUCCGGUGACACCUCUAGCCUGCCAGCUCACCGUCCUCCGAGUUCAUUCAUUUUUACUCUCCUGUUCGUCACACGUGGCAUUUUUCUCUUGUAGCAUUUCUUUUUCCCAUUUAGAGUCUAAGGGGCCAGAUUUCACCACACAGUCAAGUUUUGAGUUGUGUCAAACAAGCUUUGGUAAAGAGAUGUCAGGGUGAGGACCCUGCCUGACCAGGAAAACUGAAAGCAUCCAAUCAACCAAUGGCUCCCCUCGCGUGACUCAUGCCCCGUAGGCGGAGAAAAGAGAAGCGCACACAAGUGGACCUACUGCUGGGCAAGGCAGGGACCUGGUGCUCGGUGCAUUGUUUGGGGACUCCCAAUUUCAUUCUUACAAACCAUAGAUUUCAUCUGCAAAACCUUGAAACUGCCAAUCAAAAACUAGUAUGUGAAGUACACCACGAACGGGACUAAAGAAUCCAAAGGAGACAGGUAUUCCAAAUUGUAGCAUUAAUCACUAAACUUUCUCAUGAUGCUGAAUUUGAGUUCAGCUUGUAACUAAACACACUCUAAACCCACUGUCAGCUGGCACUAUCCACACCAGAACCAGGGUGAGUAGCCACACUGUGAAUCUGAAUCCUUCUGAACACUACCGGCUUUUGAGUUCAAAGCCAGUAGGACACACAGGCAGUGUUUAUGGUUCAGGACCGCGAUUGCCAUGUUAGAGUAAUGACCACUCAGCCCUAUGUCUCAAACACGAUUCAGGACACUCUUUCCACCUCAAGUGCUGACUUAAAUCAAAGAUUAGGGUAGAGUGAGUCUUGCACAAUACAAUUCCAUUUGUUGAACAUUUUUAAAAAUGUAUAUAUUAGAUACUGACCAAUUAAAGUGAACCUUUGAAGAGUCUCAAGGUUGCCCUGGUAAUGCUGCUAGUAUAGUAACAGAAAAAAAUAAAGUACACAGGGUAUCUGAUGCCACCUCGAGUCAAGUGCAAAUUUAGCAAUUCCGAAACCACAUGGCAUAGUUAGUUGCUUAUUCUGCUUUCCUGUCAAGAUCUGGCAAGGUCCUUGAGGAAACUUUAAGGUUGUCUUCAUUAUCAUUGUUCUUUCCUUUUCUGCUCCCACCCACCCUGAGCUUUGCCAUAACUCCUGUGGAGUGCCGCAUUCUAGAACAAGGUUUCUCAACCUCCAUGCUAUUGACAUUUGGGGCAGGCAAUUUGUUGUUGGAGGGCUGUUCUGUGUAUUUUUAUGUUUCGCAAGAUUCUUGACCUCUAUUCACUAAACACUAAUAGCAACACCCUAGUAGUAACCACAGAAUGUCUCCGGACAUUCCAAAUGUCCCUGAGAGAGUGGGGAGUGGACAAAAUAUCACCUGGUUGAGAAGCAUUGGUCUAGAAUAAUCAGUCUAGGGCGGUCUCUGCCAGGGGACAUACCAGGAAGCUCUGGCCGAGCCUGUGGUUGGGGGAGCCUCUGAGCCCUUUGGGACAUGCACAAUCAGCAGCUCGGGGGGGGGGGGGGGGGGGGCUCAGUCUCCUCCAAAAAGAGCGAUGCUUCUACGCCAUAGGUCCACCCUCAGGACACAUAGUUCUUGGGUCUCAUCAACCGGAUUUUCAUUUAAAAUGGUCAAUCUCUCGUCCCUGGAAGCACCUCCUUUCUUCAAGAAAGAGUUGUCAUCCCAAAUUAACGUGUGAACGAGUUGGACCUGACACUCCUCACACACACUGAGCUUGUGUUAUGAUACAAAUAGCCACGCCGGUGCCAUGCAAGGAAGAACACCAAGCCGCCUUCCCUUAGAACACCAAUUUGCAGUAAGGUUGGUGCUUUUCAGUUGCCACCAUGGAUACGUCAUAGAGACAGUCAUGAAUCAUUCAUGAGCAACUCUGCAUGAUUUAUUCCUGCACUCCACAGUCAAGGCAUUCCAUACUUCAGCUGGUGUCUAGACAGAGAUGUAUUACAGAGCUUGCUUUGCCCUGAGGUUGUCUGCUUCCAGCUUCAAACAGCCGCACUCUUGGAAAGAAAUAAUAAAAAUUAAAAAAAUGACAGGAAAUCAGGUUGGAAACCCAGAAAGCAUCAUUAAUGGAGCCGUGUAGCAUAGUACCCUAUGUAUUAUUAAGGAGCUACUAUGUCCUCUUUAGAAAACAGAGAGAGGGUGCCACAGGGGAGCCAGGGUGCAGGGAUUCUGCAUCAGUGCCUCGGCACUGUGAUAGUUGUGGUAAGAAUUACCUGCGAGAAUGAAGUACAACAUCCACCCAGAGAAUCUCUUCGGAGGGUCCACAGAGCGAAGGCUGCUUGGCGGCCUCUGGGACCCGCCAUAGAAAGGGAUUCAUUUUUUAUCGUUGUUGUUGGAUUUUUUUUUUUCUCUCAGUUUCACUGUCAGCAGUUUCCUUUAAGACUCCGUGGCACUGACAUCUCUCCCCUUUUAGGGAGAGAUGAACCUAUACUGUGACAAUUUCCCAUGAACCAUAGAAACUGGCAGCUUCCUUCUGCCUGGGCCAUUGAGGAAUCCUCUCCCAACUCUGAACGACAGAGUUCCGGUCUCAUCUGUUGUCUUUCCUUUCCUUGGAAGGCUCUGUCUGCCACUGCACCGUCACCUCUCUCCUUAUAUGCCUACUCCGUGCCACCUUUGGUUCUCGGCUUUAACUACAGCUAUGCUUCAAUAAGGGAUCAACAGCCUGUUUGUCAGCUGAUGCCUGUCUA